AUGUCUCAAGACAACGAAGACAAUGGCCCAACGUGCCCCAAAUCGCACUCAAAGCCGCCCGCGUAUACUGGGGAUCUUGAACAGGCACGACCCGAACUGAAACCACGACAUUACGCAGCUCGUGAUCUUCUCAACCACACAGUUGGAAGCUUCCACGAGUUAUCGGACCGCAAACUAUCCCACAUUCAGCUCGAGGCAAAGAAGAAAUUCCUCAAGGCGUACAAGUCCCAUGCCAGACUGACUACGUCAAAACUGCAUCAGAAGAAUUUGCUCCGCAUACUGAACGACUUGAUGGCGCACAUCGAUGACUUCUUCUUCUUUGGCGCACUUAGAAAGAGCUCUACUGCUUCAGUCAGGCUGACAAUAUCGCUAACGGGCGCGUACCCGGGUCUCGUGGGGUACUGCGAGUACCUGAAUGACGAGAAUGGCAUUCCGCAGAGCCACAUAACAAUCGCACGCAGAUAUGAGGGCAGUCUUCGAAACCUCCCCCAGCUGGUCAUUACACUGCUUCAUGAAAUGAUUCAUGCAUUUCUGUGGUCGUAUGCUCGCCGAAUUGACAAAUGCCUUCGUAAUAUCGUCAACACUGUGGGUGCCGAUGGCAGCCUGCAUGGUCCGACUUUUGGAGCCUUUGACUUCGCUACCAUGAACUGCAUAUCUCAAUGGGACAGUCAGCUGGACGAGUACCUCACCAAAGAAAAUUUUGGGAAGUUCGUCGGAUUCCUUGACCAACCAGCUCUUGCUCGGGAAGUGGAAGAGCCGGAAGCUGCCAAGGCAAGAGGCGAAUUGACUGGAUAUCGCCCGUUGAUCAAGAAAGCCAGCCGCCGUCAUUUGAUACAAAUUACAGAUGAAAAGGUCUACAUUGACACCUAG